CUAUUAACGACUAGAACGAUGCCUUUGCGCGGAAUUAGAACGUCUACGGCGGCCAGAAACGGCGCUGGUGCCUUCAUCCUACAAUGCAAACGCCUUGACUUCCAUUACUGCAACUGGGCGGGCAGCUCAAAGGGCAUGGUUGCUUUCUUGGAGAAAACCCUCCCCGCCUUCGCCCGUGAAAACCCCCAGAUUGAGAUCCGUGUCUCCCCCCGACCCCAGAAGCACCCUCUCAUUAAGGGCCUCUACAUCAAUGGCCGCGAAAAGCCUGUAUGUGUACGGAACUUGGAACCCAACGAAAUCCUGAAGAAGGCAAACCUCCUCAAGGAAGCCAGUGGAGAGAAGUUGAAGCGGGUCAAGAAGCCGGUUACAAGUUUGAAUGAGAGUGUGCGUGGUAUCUGGUCACCAUACCACGGUGAUCUUCGAGGUGUCUAG